AUGGAUCCUAACAGUAUUAACCCACAUGAGGUCGAGUUAAGAGAACAGGAUAGAUGGCUUCCAAUAGCUAAUGUUGCUAGGUUGAUGAAGAAUACUCUACCACCAACCGCUAAAGUUUCCAAAGAUGCUAAAGAGUGUAUGCAGGAAUGUGUAUCAGAGUUCAUUUCCUUUAUUACUAGUGAAGCAAGUGAUAAGUGCUUGAGGGAGAAGCGUAAGACUAUCAACGGAGAGGACAUAUUGUACUCUAUGCACGAUUUGGGAUUUGAAAAUUAUGCAGAAGUAUUGAAGAUUUACCUUGCUAAGUAUAGAGAGCAACAAGCGUUGAAGCAAGAGAGAGGUGAGACCAGGUCGACCAAGCGCCAAAAUAUGGCUUCUAUAUUGCAGCAGCAGCAUGAACUGCAGGGACAAGAUCAAAUCUUGUCUCCAGACCACAGUCAGUCAGCAUCAGACUCUGCUAUAAAUUCUCCACACAGCGCUAUUAGUCAGCAGCAUCGUAUACCGCAACAGCUGCAGCUACAGUCCCAGCACGAACAAGAUAUUGACACAGCAAACAGUGUAGAAGGUGUAGGAAUCGAAGGAAAUGUCGAAGUUGAAGAAACGGGUGUGACCAUUGGUGCCCAAGGUCCGUAUAUUGAGGAUUCAACACAUUUCACUCAAGAUCCACAGGAACAUUAUUCUUCAGCAGAAGACCUUAACAAUGGCAGUAAUACUAAUAAUAACGAAAACAACAACAAUAACAAUUCCAACAAUAACGUUAACGAACAAGAAAUCAACAUAGAUGACGCAGAAGUUGGGCAACUUUCCCACACAACCUCACACCAGACCAAUGCUGAAUCGGAGCACUCUAGCAGUCAUGGUACUGCCUCCCCCAAGCAGUAUUACGAGUACACUGAAAAUGGGGAAAAGAAGAAUAUCGACGAGAAAGAUGAAUCCUAUCAUUAUGAAGACUUUAUAAAUGAGCACAAUCCUCAGCACCACGCGCACCAACAUUCUCAUACCAACGGAGCUUUGGCAGAAUUGGCAGAACUGUUAACUGGAGAUCAAGCCGAUAUCGAUACCCUUACUGCUGACAUAACGCGUACAAGUGGUGAAUACUAUUAG